GAACGCCGAGCGGGCCACUCGCUCGCGCACAAGUUCGACGGUUCGUGCCGGCGCAGGAUUACGGUCUCCCUCUCCCCCCGCGACGACGUCCGUGGACGCGAUGAAGAGGAGCCACGACUUCAGCUCGUCCGACAGCGAUCUGGACGAAGCCGUCGAGGUGGAGAAGCAGAGCGGCGACGAGGGCGGGAAUGCUCGCUCGCCUCCGAGCGCUUCCACUCAGGUGCAGGCGAGGAAGAGGCGGCGAGGCAUCAUUGAGAAACGACGUCGCGACAGGAUCAACAACAGCCUGAGUGAACUCCGCAGGCUGGUGCCGAGCGCCCUUGAGAAGCAGGGCUCGGCCAAGUUGGAGAAAGCUGAGAUUCUGCAGAUGACGGUGGACCACCUGAAGAUGCUCCACGCCGCGGGGGGCAAAGGUUUUUUCGACGCCCACGCCCUGGCCAUGGACUACCGCGGCCUCGGGUUCCGGGAGUGCUUGGCCGAAACGGCUCGGUACCUCAGCGUCAUCGAAGGUCUGGACAACGCCGACCCCCUGAGGAUCCGGCUGGUGUCGCACCUGAACAACUUCGCCAGCCAGCGCGAGGCCAACCCGGGGCUCGGUCACCUGGCGGCGUGGAGUUCCGCCUUCGCCUCGCCGGCCCCCCGCCUGCCCCACCCGCUCCUCGUGGCCGGGUUGACCCGCGGCGGCUGCAGCAGCCCCCCGUCGUCGGCCUCUCCCGUUUCGCCGUCGCCGUCCGCCGAGACUCACCCCCAAGGGAGGCGAGGCGGAAGCGCCACCCCCCACGCCGAACAGUUGCCCCCCAGCGUGCGCGGUCCCCCCGUCCCCGCGGGUGCCGUCCUGCGCCCCGCUCUGGUCCCUUCGUCUACAAAUAAGCACCUCCUCUCGGCGUUCCCGUUCCCCUUCGGGGGCUUCCCGCUCAUCUCCCCCGUCGCGGCUGCCGCCCUCACCUCCCCGGCCCAGAAGGUGCCCACGGUGGGCAAACCGUACAGACCCUGGGGGAUGGAGAUUGGCGCUUUUUGACUGCCGCGGAAGGACUUUCCCUGAGCUGGACUCUUUAAGACUUGCCUCUGUAUUGUUUAUCUCUUUUUCCGCACUGGCCGGCACCCAACCCCCCCCCCCCCCCGGUCCCCCUUUAGCCACCGCCCGUCACCUUCACAAUUUUUUUCUCUACCUACGACUUGUUCCUUCUUCCACCUUUAACUGACCCCCCAAAAAAGACUCACAAUGAGCUGGACUCUUCAAGACUUUCUCCAUUAAGGGCCUUCCAUCUGGUUCUGGUGUUGUCUAGAAGGGGCGCAUGAGGAGAGGUGCGCUCCAAGAGUGAUCUACGUACUGCAUAGAUUGAUCUCCUUGCCUGCCUGCCCCCACUUUUCUUCUUCUUCUUCUUCUUCUAAAGAAGUGUCUCCAUCACUCGCGGGCCAAUCAGGAAUGACUUUUCCAGAUGGUCAAGCGGUCGUCCGUCAAGUUCCCAAGCGGGAAUCUUGCCGUAAACCACCCCCCCCACCCCCGGUCCCUUUGUUUUGCCUCGAAACCACCCCAAUGUUGGUGGGGUCAGGGUACCCCCCCCCCCCGCUUCUUUAGACACCAGUUUAUGGGCUCGAAUAAGCCAAACGAGGUUUUGUUUGACGGGAGACACAAGUAGCAAACAUGGGGUGCGCACCCCCCCCCCCCGCCCCCGCCCCCGUCUUCCUACAGUCAAUUCAGAUCUGUUUGUUGUCCUCCUUCCUGUUUGGACUCUAACUUCACCCACUCCAUAUUGCGACUUUGUAUAUUUCACAGCAAUGUUUUCACCGCGCACCCCCUCCCCCAACCCGGCCCCCGCCCUUGUCACACCGUGCACCCCCCGUUCAACAUCCCGACAGCGGUGGUGCACCCCUUCCUCCUCACCUUUUUAAAAAUGUCACCACACCAGAUCAGCACCACUUUUCCGGGGGUGCGCGCACCACCGUUUUAAAGUUGUUGUUGCUGUUGUUCCCAUGACAACCACGUGAAAUAAUAAAAGCUCUGAUUAACGACCUGCAGCCUCAUC